CUGCAGCUGCAAAGCAGGUCCCCGCGGUCUCACGCACUUGGCUUUCAAGCCGCAAAGCUGCGGAAGUCGACGGCCCAAGAGCUGAUAGAGGAGGACGGUCGCGGGCGCUAUAGCUCGUUUAGGUGGUAGAGUGGCCGCCAGGCCGCGCCGCAGUGCGGGUCACUUCCUUCCGCGUCCCCCCCGCCGGCCUUCCCGCUCGCCCCGGGCGAAGAGCAUCGGCGCCGCCGACAGCUGGAAGAUCGCGGCCAGGCCGGAUUUCCUUCGCGGACCUGCGGCUCCCAGAGCCACCAAGCAAGCCCCCAAGCCCUCGGGGCUGGGGACCGCACGUGCGGUUGCCGACGCCGGUCUCGCCUCGCCCCCUCGGCGCGUGCUGGCGACCCUGCUCCCCGCUGGCGCUCGCCUCGUCUUCCCCGCGGGCUUCCAACUCGGAGCAGAUGCCCCGGCCUCCCGACGCCGACGCCGCGGGGGCUCGCGGGUCUCGGGCGGCCGCAGGGCGCUAGGACCGCGCGGCGCCGCCGAGGGGGCGGGGGCGGGCCGGCGCGAGCGGGCUUUAAAUGGGCGCCGGGGCCGCCCCCUCGCGGGUCGGCUCCCUUGGGGCAGCGGAGCUGCCGAGCGCCUCCUCGGGCCGGGACCCGGGGCCUGGCGCCGGGCCGGGCAGGACCGGGGCAGGUGUACGCACGAUGCGCCGGGGCGACCCGCGAGCGGAGCGCCGGCCGCGCUGAACCAGAGCCAUGAGCCCCCAGAUGCUGCUGCUGCUGACCGUGCUGAGCCCAGCCCUGGCCACCUCCCAGCACCGACUCAAGGUGCCCUGUAAGAUGGUGGGCAAAGAGGCCUUGUGCCAGGGCCUGGGCCUGCUGCAGGUCCCCGCCAUGCUCCUGGCCGACAUCGAGACCCUCGACCUGUCUGGGAACCAGCUGCAGAGUGUCCUGGCCUCGCCCCUGGACUUCUAUACGUCGCUGCGUCACCUGGACCUAAGCGCCAACGAGAUCAGCUUUCUGCAGCCAGGAGUCUUCCAGGCCCUGCCCCAGCUGCAGCACCUCAACCUGGCUCAUAACCGCCUGGCGGCGGGCACCGCGCUGAGCGCUGGCAGCCUGAGCCCCCUGCCGCACGUGACCUCCCUGGACCUGUCGGGGAAUAGCCUGUACAGCGGCCUGCUGGAGCAGCUGCUGGGCGAGGCGCCCCACCUGCACAGCCUCUCGCUGGCUGAGAACAGCCUCACGCGCCUGGGCCGCCGCACCUUCCGGGGCCUGCCCGCACUGGAGCGCCUGGACCUGCACAGCAACGUGCUGAUGGACAUCGAGGACGGCGCUUUCGAGGCCCUGCCCCGCCUGGCCCAUCUCAACCUUUCCAGGAACUCCCUCACCUGCAUCUCCGACUUCAGCCUGCCGCAGCUGCAGGUGCUCGACCUGAGCUGCAACAGCAUCGAGGCCUUCCAGACGGCCCCGGAGCCCCCCGCAGAGUACCAGCUCACCUGGCUGGACCUGCGCGAGAACCGCCUGCUCCAGCUCCCCGACCUAGCCGCGCUCCCGAAACUCCUGUACCUGAACAUGUCCAACAACCUCAUCCGGCUCCCUGCGGGGCCGCCCCAGGGUGGCGAGGCCAGCCCCGUGCCCUCCCAAGGCUGGCCGGCCUGGCCCCCCGGGGGGAGCCCCGGCUGGAACACCAGCAGCCAGCCCCUCUCCCAGCUCUUGAACUUGGAUCUGAGCUACAACGAGAUCGAGCUGGUGCCCGGCGGCUUUCUGGAGCACCUGGCCUCCCUGCGCUUCCUGAACCUCAGCCGCAACUGCCUGCGGGCCUUCGAGGCCGGGCACGCGGGCUCCCUGCCCCUCCUGGUGCUCCUGGAUCUCAGUCACAACGCGCUGGAGGCCCUGGAGCUGGGCGCCAGAGCCCUGGGCUCCCUGCGGACGCUGCUGCUACAGGACAACGCCCUGCGGAGCCUGCCCCCGUACACCUUUGCCGGCCUGGCCAGCCUGCAGAGGCUCAACCUGCAGGGGAACCGCGUGAGCCCCUGUGGGGGCCCGGCCGAGCCCGCGCCCCCGGGCUGCGUGGCCUUCUCCGGCAUCUCCUCCCUCCGAGUCCUCAAUCUGGUGGACAACGAGAUGGGGACGCUCAGGGCAGGGGCCUUCCUCCGCACCCCGCUGACGGAGCUCGACCUGUCUGCCAACCCGGGGCUGGAGGUGGCCACGGGGGCCCUGGCGGGCCUGGAGGCCUCCCUGGAGGUCCUGGCGCUGCAGGGCAACGGGCUGGCCGUCCUGCAGGUGGACCUGCCCUGUUUCAGCUGCCUCAAGCGGCUCAACCUGGCCGGGAACCGCCUCAGCCACCUGCCCGCCUGGACGCAGGCCGUGUCGCUGGAGGUGCUGGACCUGCGCAACAACAGCUUCAGCCUGCUGCCCGGCAGCGCCAUGGGCGGCCUGGAGCCCAGCCUCCGGCGCCUCUACCUGCAGGGCAACCCGCUCAGCUGCUGCGGCAACGGCUGGCUCGCCGCCCAGCUGCACCAGGGCCGCGUGGAUGUGGACGCCACACAGGGCCUGAUCUGCCGCUUUGGCUCCCAGGAGGAGGUGUCCCUGAGCCACGUGCGGCCCGAGGACUGCGAGAAGGGAGGGCUCAAGAACGUCAACCUCAUCAUCAUCCUCACCUUCACGCUGCUCUUGGCCAUCGUCCUCACCACGCUGGCCACCUGCUGCUGCGUCCGCCGGCAGAGGUUUAACCAGCAGUACAAAGCCUAGGGAAGCCGGGAGACCCAGGCCAACCGGGGUGCACGGCGGGGCAGAGGAGAGGGGGGCUGAUUCGCGGUCGCAAAGGGAGCCGAGGUCCAAGGACUCUGGCUGCUCAACCCCAGCGCAGGGCUGCCUUCUCUGCAACCUGCUGUAUCAGCAGGUGACCCAUGGCCGCCGCUGCACGUGCGUCCAGCUUUGGCAGCCAGAAGGUGGGCGGUGUCAGGGGUGGCGGAGAAUAAAGCCGACCCAGCCGAUGAGCACACCUUCAGCGAGCAUGUGUCCUCCCACUCCCAGGCACGCAUCUGGGCAUGGAGGACGCCAGUGAAACACAUCCGUGUCCUCCAGGCUCCCUCAGCCUGGUGGGAGACACGGCAGUGCGGUGACUGCACGGCGUGGUCAGGGCUCUGCAGCCACGGCCGGUGCCAUGUGGCCCGCUGCCCUGGCUGUUGCCCAGGCAAGGGAGGCCCGUGCCUGGGAGGAUGUGUCUGAGAUGUUUCCAAGAGGACUGUUUGUCACAUCUUCUGAUAAUGACUCUCAGCCCCUGGAAAAUGAAGACCUUGUGACCGGAA